GAAGAACAAGCAAAUGGAACCAGCUUUUCAGGACAUUUUCUUGCUACCAGAUGCCGAUACACCGGUAGCGAAAAAACAAGGAAUCGAAAAAGGAAAUAUACUUGUGUCUAUAAUGAAAUCCAUGUGGAAACAAACGGCACCACUAUUUAUGAGGGAACACAUCCGGAAAACAUUCUUAUCUAGUCUCAUAUUGUACAUCAUAUUCUUUAGUGCCCAUGGCAUAUAUAUGUGGUUCCCGUACAUCCUUAAUCUUACAAUGCAAUACACAGAGAAAUCUUCAGAACCGGAAAGCCUUUGUAACAUUAUCAAAAUCACACAAUCAGCAAAUUUUACCGUUACAAAUGAAAAUGAUGAAGGCUGUGUUAUGCAUUUGGAAAUUUCUACAUACAAACACACUUUAGUGCUAGAAUUUAUUUAUGCAUCCCUCCUAUCGGUUGUUAUGUACGCUAUUAGCAAAUUCGGCCGCAAGCCUGUCCUUUUUGCAAUUCUCUUCAUAUGUGGAGCUUGUGGCGUGGUAGCUUUCUCUAUCAAAGUGCCUCUUCUGGCGAUAUACCUCUUUGUGGUUACGCUUUGCUGUGGCCUAUGCAUUACGGUGGUCAAUGCGAUUGUUGUGGAAAUAUUUCCAACGAAUUUGAGAGCUAUGGCUGUUUGUAUUUCUCUCAUGAUCGGUCGCAUUGGCAGCGUCACUGGAUCCAGCAUUUUAGGCGCACUCAUCGAGACACAUUGCGAAUGGGCACUUUUCAGCCCAUCAGUGGCGCUUAUUGUUGCAGGAAUUUUGGGUUUGUUUUUGCCCAAGGCCAACCACGCGCCAAGAACAGCGAAGGAUGAUGUAGAAAAUGGCAUGUAAUUUAUGGAAAGCGAAGACUCAAACAUAAAUAAUUAGAAAAAAAAAAAUUACGAAAAGUAGA